AGUUAGAAAAUGGAGAUACCCAUACUCUACUAACACUGAUAAAAAUUGAUCACAGGAGUUUCAAGUACAUUAUGGCUUUCUAUUGCGUUUCAUCGUAAAUAGAUGAGAAGUAAUAUUGAGGAGUGAAGUGAAAAUCACAGAGAUAGUGUGUUCGAGUAUUAAAAUCAAAGCGUGAGAAGGACAAGAUGGAAAACAGUGAGGAACAGAAGUACGGAGUUCGGAAAUUAGAGAUCUCAGACAAGAGCAAAGGCUUCAUCGAGUUGCUGCAGCAACUCAGCGUUUGCGAUUCCGUCUCUGACAGAGAUUUCGAGGAUCGAUUUCGAGAGCUCAGCGCCGUCGGAGAUGACCACGUCAUCGGCGUGAUUGAAGACGAGGCUUCUGGAAAGAUCAUUGCGACGGGGAGCGUGUUUAUUGAGAAGAAAUUUUUGAGAAAUUGCGGCAAAGUUGGGCACAUUGAGGACGUUGUUGUGGAUUCCAGCGCACGUGGGAAGCAUUUGGGAAAGAAAAUCAUCAGCUUCCUGACAGAGCAUGCGCGUUCCAUGGGAUGCUAUAAGGUCAUUCUUGAUUGCAGCCUCGAGAAUAAGGCGUUCUACGAGAAAUGUGGCUUCUACCAUAAAUCUCUUCAGAUGGCUAUGUAUUUUGCUCACCACUAGUUUGGUAUGCAAAUUUAUUUCUCAUAUGAUUCCCUACUCUGUUUAUUACAUUCGUCUUUGUUGUUUUUCGACUUUAAACAUGUGUUCUGUUUUUGGAGUUAAUUUUUUCAACUUUUGUAAGUACUUCCUUAUAGGUCAUAAUGUAGAUGGCACAGUGCAUGGUUCAUUUUUUCAUUUACAAGGUUUUAGAAUUUGAAUUAAAAAUUUCGUCCUCUCC